AUGCCUACCUCAACAAUCACAGCGUCUAACACGAGUUCCCGGAGGACUUCGGGCCAGACUCAGAAGCCUUUCGAAAAUGCCCACGUUUCACCACUACCACCAGCAGCAACCGAGACGACACCUCCGGUAGAUGAGCCGGCACCAAAAAGGCCCAAGCGGGCACUCAAGCUCACCGCUUCUCAACGUGAGAGGAAAAGAGCUAUCGAUCGCGAGGCGCAACGAAGCAUCCGUCUGAAAACCAAGAAUUAUAUUGCCCAUCUCGAGAACUUGGUCAGGAUCAUGGAAAAUGGAGGCUCCUCCGUAGAUCUCGGCGAGGGCGGUCAGGAUCUCCAAGGACAGGUCGCCACCGAGGAAGGGCAAGAAAGAGUUAGAGCGCUCUUGUCUCAGCUGAGGCAGAGCGAGGACGAGGUUAGAAGAUUGAGAGAGAUGGUGACGGGGGUACAGAGGCUUGUGGCUGGCGCUCUGAAUCCUGUUGAGGAUUCCGCAACGAGGCGACUUACGGGUCCCGACGGUUACAACAUUCAGCAACCUGCACAGAUGGCGACCCCUUUUCAAAGCGCGAUCCACGAUCACCUCGAGAACACCGCCUCCGUUUACUCUCACAGUUCGGAUUCAUCGUCCCCUGUGAUCGAGCUUGCUUACCAGCCGUUGGACCAACCGAGGUCUGCCGAGGCAUCUGCGCUGGGCGGUCUGGGAGCCAGCCCUUCGCACCACCAAGAUCGAUUCGACAGCCUUGGCAGGUUGAUUCCUCCUGUUGCAAUCCUGGAACCACCAACUUCGGAGCCGCUCGACAUCCCCAAGAAGAGGAUCGAAGGUGAAUUGUUCUUCCUUUCAGAACGCGAGGUCAAUCGGGUCCUGGCCGGGGGUCACCAGUCCUUCGCCAACCAACCGCUUGACGAAGACAUUAUCGUCCGCGCGGUAUUGCAUGGGUGGCGCGAUGUCCAGGACCAGUAUCUUCUUGACAGAGGCUGGCAAGCCCUCAGGAGCAUCGAUCAAUCCAUCUUCCGCGAAUGCGGCGUUGUGGAGAGAAUGGCAAUCCUCCACAUGAUGCGGCUGAAGCUGCUCCAUCAGAGCAACAUGAACCCGCAGUUCCUAGCCCCGUUACCACCAUUCUUCCAGAGAGGCCCGGCGGAAGAUCCCGAGGUGUUGGAGAGGACGCCCGUCAUCGAGCACUUUAUUUGGCCGGGCAUGCGGGCCUGCCUGUGCAAGAAUGCUCCGAGGUAUAUCAACAACAAGUUCUCGGAUUCGUUCCGGCAAUCACUCAAAUUCUUAUGGCCCUACAAUGUCUCGGAUGUUUACGCGAGGGAUCCCCUCACCCAGCUAUACUCGAUCAUGCCGGAAUUCAAACGACGGGAGGGAGACCUCCGCUCGUGGACGAUGAGAAAGGAUUUCUUUGCCAAUGCCAGCGAACUGAUCGGUGCGAUACCGGUCUAUGAAGCGUCUUUGGACCGACCCCUGAUUCCCGUCGGGUCAAUACCCAUGCAAUCAGGGAUGAGCGCGGGACAACCGCCUCGGCGGAUGCUUCAGCAAGCGCCUGCUGGGACCAUGCCAAAGCAGGAAGGCGACGAGUCACAUAUGGAGACGAUGCCCGCACCUGCCCACGCGCCUACUCCUCAUCAUAUCGGCGGGCAUCCCCCGGUAACGACAACAAAUGUACCAGUGACACACGUGCCGCAUGCUGCUGAGGUUGAGGCCUGGCUAGGAGAUCCUGAUCUGGUACCGCAGUACUGGACCAUGGGCCCUGGCAUGGAUGUGGGAUUUGAUGUGGUGGCUCCUCAGUGGUCGAGCGUCCCACGAGGGUUUGGAGGAUGA